AUGGGAUUUUACCAUUGUUUCAGACCUGCUAGGUCCAAGCAUUGCAGCGUAUGUGACCGGUGUGUCGCUCGGUUUAACCAUCAUUGUGGAUGGAUGAAUAAUUGCAUAGGGGAGAGAAACACCAGAUACUUCAUGGCUUUUCUUCUGUGGCAAUUCCUACUCUGUGUAUAUGGAACAGUAGCCAAUGGGUUGGUUAUUGCUGGUCAGUUGAAAGAACUAAAAGUUAUAUAUAUUCUAACAGUUUAUUAUGGCAUUCAGAAUUCUUUUGGUAGCUUGGCUCCAUAUGUCGUACAGUGCAGGUCACCUAUCCACGAGCAGGAGCAAACCCAGGAGCUGUCUUCUGACUCCUCCAUACCAGACUUGACCCCCGGCUUCGGAGUGCAUCUGCAGAUGCUCGAGGACACUGUUGUUGCCAUCAGAACUGACCUCACGGCCCACAGAGCGAAGUUCCUGGUCUGUCAGCUUUGA